AAAUUACUUCGCGAAAAUAUUAAGGGAAUUACCAAACCUGAUCUUCGCAGGUUAGCUCGUCGAGGUGGUGUUAAACGAAUAUCGGCUGGGACAUAUGAGGAAGCUCGAAGUGCAUUGAAAAUUUUUUUACAAGAAGUACUCAGAGACGUUGUCUCUUACAUUGAGUACGAAAGUAAAAAAACGAUUACGGUUAUGGAGGUGUUGUUAGCAUUAAAAAAACGAGGUAAAUCGUUGUAUGGGUUUAGACAGUGA